AUGCUUCCCUACGUCAUCGCCACCCUGGGCUCAGCAGGGGCCACCUGCAAAGCCCCAACAUGCAACAGCAACAACAGCACUAAGGACUAUUGCUACAGCGCACGCAUCCGCAGCACUGUGCUGCAGGGACUGCCCUUUGGCGGAGUGCCCACCGUCCUAGCCCUCGAUUUUAUGUGCUUUCUUGCACUGCUGUUUGUCUUUUCAAUUUUGCGUAAAGUUGCUUGGGACUAUGGUCGCCUGGCCCUGGUGACUGAUGCUGACAGGCGCCGACGCUGGCAGACGGAGCGAGAGGAGCGGGAAUACGUAGCCUCCGCCCUGCAUUCUGACAACCAUGACCGCUACGAGCGCCUCACCUCCGUCUCCAGCUCUGUGGACUUCGACCAGAGGGACAACGGUUUCUGCUCCUGGCUGACAGCCAUCUUCAGGAUAAAGGAUGAUGAGAUCCGGGACAAGUGUGGGGCUGAUGCAGUGCAUUACCUGUCCUUCCAGAGGCACAUCAUCGGGCUGCUGGUGGCCGUGGGUGUGCUCUCCGUGGGCAUCGUGUUACCUGUCAACUUCUCAGGGGACCUGCUAGAAAACAACGCCUACAGCUUUGGGAGGACAACUAUCGCUAACCUGAAUUCUGGGAAUAACCUGCUGUGGCUGCACACAUCCUUUGCCUUCCUGUACCUGCUGCUGACAGUGUACAGCAUGCGCCGGCACACCUCCAAGAUGCGCUACAAGGAGGAUGACUUGGUUAAGCGAACUCUCUUCAUCAAUGGGAUCUCAAAAUAUGCUGAGCCAGAGAAGAUUAAGAAGCAUUUUGAGGAGGCCUAUGCCAACUGCACUGUCCUGGAGGCCCGUCCCUGCUAUGACGUAGCCCGGCUGAUGUUCCUCGAUGCAGAGAGGAAGAAAGCUGAGCGUGGGCGGAUCUACUUCACCAACCUACAGAGCAAGGAGAACACCCCAUCCAUGAUCAACCCCAAGCCCUGUGGCCACCUCUGCUGCUGUGUUAUCAGGGGCUGCGAGGAGGUGGAGGCCAUCGAGUACUAUACCAAGCUGGAGGAGAAGCUCAAAGAUGACUACAAGCGAGAGAAGGAGAAGGUGAAUGAAAAGCCUCUGGGGAUGGCCUUUGUCACCUUCCACAACGAGACCAUCACAGCCAUAAUCCUUAAAGAUUUCAACGCCUGUAAGUGCCAGGGCUGUGCAUGCCGUGGGGAGCCCAGGACCUCCUCCUGCAGUGAGUCCCUCCAUGUCUCCAACUGGACCGUCAGCUAUGCCCCUGACCCACAGAACAUCUACUGGGAACACCUCUCCAUCCGGGGCUUCAUCUGGUGGAUCCGUUGUCUCGUGAUCAAUGUGGUCCUCUUUAUCCUUCUCUUCUUCCUCACCACCCCUGCUAUCAUCAUCACCACUAUGGACAAGUUCAAUGUCACCAAGCCCGUGGAGUACCUCAAUAACCCAAUCAUCACCCAGUUCUUCCCCACUCUGCUGCUAUGGUGCUUCUCUGCUCUUCUGCCCACCAUUGUGUACUACUCUGCCUUCUUUGAAGCGCACUGGACCAGGUCUGGAGAGAAUAGAACAACCAUGCACAAGUGUUACACCUUCCUCAUCUUCAUGGUCUUGCUGCUGCCGUCGCUGGGCCUGAGCAGCUUGGAUGUAUUUUUUCGCUGGUUGUUUGACAAAAAGUUCCUUGCCGAAGCCGCCGUACGAUUUGAGUGUGUGUUCCUGCCAGACAACGGAGCUUUCUUCGUCAACUACGUCAUCGCCUCCGCCUUCAUCGGGAAUGCCAUGGACCUGCUGCGCAUCCCCGGUUUGCUCAUGUACAUGAUACGCCUCUGCCUGGCCCGCUCGGCGGCCGAGCGGAGGAACGUCAAACGACACCAAGCCUACGAGUUCCAGUUUGGGGCUGCUUACGCCUGGAUGAUGUGCGUCUUCACUGUGGUCAUGACAUACAGUAUCACCUGCCCCAUCAUCGUCCCUUUUGGGCUCAUGUACAUGCUGCUUAAGCACCUGGUGGACCGAUACAAUCUGUAUUAUGCUUACCUGCCUGCCAAGCUGGACAAGAAGAUUCAUUCAGGGGCUGUGAAUCAGGUAGUGGCAGCCCCCAUCCUCUGCCUCUUUUGGCUUCUCUUCUUCUCCACCAUGCGCGCAGGGUUCCUGGCCCCCACUUCCAUGUUCACCUUUGUGGUCCUCGUGAUCACCAUUGUGAUCUGUCUGUGUCACGUCUGCUUCGGGCACUUCAAAUACCUCAGCGCUCACAACUACAAGAUUGACCACACAGAGGUGGACGCCAUAGACAACAGGCAGAACGGGAGGCCUGCCACCAAUCUGCCACCUCCCAAAUCAGCUAAGUACAUCGCCCAAGUGCUGCAGGACUCCUCGCCGGAGGGCGAAGCAACGGAGUCGGAGGAGCAGGGAUCGCAGGACGAGGAGCUCAUUAAUGCAGAUGGCAUGAACGACACAGAUUUCCAGUCGUGUGAGGACAGCCUGAUAGAAAACGAGAUCCACCAGUAG